AAAAGCAAGCAAAGUGCGAGCAGUCGAAAUCAGCCAGCCCAAGUAUAUGUUCUACAAGAUGCGCUCGUUGUGAAGUCUUCCUCUCAUUCAUUCAUUCAUUUCGUGAGAGUGAAAUCGACCGUGACUUUAUAACCAAGGACGCGCAGAUAUGUUCGUUUGAAUAAAAUUUAAUUCGCGCUGUUUUUUACUCGACAAAAUUUUAAAAAAUGGGUCGGUUUUAUUUGCCCACUCGGUGUUGCUCCGGUGUCUUCAGGCCAUUUAGGGCUAGGUGGAGUCCCAAUGCAGAUUUGCAAUUGCAACCUCUACCGAAGCCUAAAGAAGCUGAUGAAACCGACGCAUCUUCGCCGGUUGUUGAAGAGGAGCCCGAUAUUCUAAUAAUAAGAGACAUCGAUCCGUGUAUCGACGAGAACGGCUCGUUUCAUCACACCUCCCGUUACGAACUUAUGCAACGAGAAUUCUUCUCUCAAUUGGUGGUCAGGAGAGGUCAAAGUUUUCAAUUGGACAUCACCUUGAAUCGGCCGUACGACGAGAAGAGAGACGGAAUUUCGUUCAUAUUUUUCGUCGACGGAGAAGACAAACUUUCCCACGGAAACGGCUCGCUGGUAGGGGUUCCUCUGCUAAAGGAAAGACACCAGUCACUAUCCUGGAAUGUUGUAUUAGACAAAGUAAAUGGAAAUGUGAUUACCAUACAGGUGACAACAUCACCUGAUGCUAUAGUCGGAAAAUGGAAUUUAGAAGUCGAUACAAGGAUCAUAGAUGGUGGAGCUUACAGCUACAGCUGGGAAACCGGUAUUUAUAUGCUGUUCAAUCCAUGGUGUGUGGAUGAUCAAGUUUAUUUAAAAUCGAGCGAUUGGAGGGAGGAGGCUGUUCUGAAUGAUGUGGGUUUGAUAUGGAGAGGAACUUAUAACAGAAUCCGCCCGGUGAUAUGGAAGUACGAACAAUUCGAAAGGGACAUACUGGAAUGCUCUUUGUAUUUGAUGAGCGUGGUGGGAAAAAUUAAUCUUAGACAACGCUCGGAUCCAGUGAUGACAGCAAGGGCUUUGGCAGCCGCUGUAAACUCUCCGGACGAUUAUGGCGCAGUCAUGGGCAACUGGUCCACAGACCAAAGUGGUGGAACGCCACCCACAAAGUGGGUAGGAAGCAAGGAGAUAUUACAGCAAUAUUACAAGAAAAAGAAACCCGUCAAAUACGGCCAAUGCUGGGUAUUCUCUGGAGUUUUAACCACAGUUUGCCGUGCACUCGGCAUACCAACUAGAACAGUCACGAAUUAUUCAUCAGCCCACGACACCCAAAACUCCCUCACUGUCGAUUACUUCAUGGACGACGAUGGCUCGUUAAUGGAGGAAAUGGCCUCGGACUCGGUCUGGAACUUCCACGUUUGGAACGAAGUGUGGAUGGACCGACCGGACCUGGGUAGCCACUACGGCGGGUGGCAAGCCAUCGACUCCACGCCCCAGGAAUUGAGCGACAACCAGUACAAAUGCGGACCAGCAUCAGUGAUCGCAGUAAAGCAAGGAGAAAUCCUGAGACCCUACGACAACACCUUCUUGUUUGCGGAAGUCAACGCAGAUAAAAUUUAUUGGAAAUAUUCCGGACCAACGCAACCCUUGAAACUGUUGGGUAAAGACACUUACGGUAUAGGAAAAUUGAUAAUAACCAAAGCACCAGGAAUCUUCGAUAGCGAAGAUAUUACCUAUACAUACAAAUACGCUGAAUCCACCGAAGAGGAGAGAUCGACCAUGUUGAAAGCUCUGCGUCAAUCGGAAAAUCUCUUCUCGAGAUACUAUCUAAACGAAGAAUUCAACGACAUUCACUUCGAUUUCAAGCUGCUGGACGACAUCAAAAUCGGGCAACCGUUUAAUGUUAUUCUAUCGAUGAAAAACAAACAUAAAACGAAAGAAUACAAAGUCGGCGCCAGAAUAAAAGUCGACGUGGUGACUUACACUGGGAAAGUGGGCGAGAGCGUCAAAAACGAAAAAUUUAACGUGACCGUUAAACCGAACUCUACUCACGACAUCAAAUUAGAAGUUACAUACGACGAUUACGGAAAGCGAUUGAUAGACCAGUGCUCGUUCAAUAUAGUCUGUUUAGCCAAUGUAGAAGACACCAAUUUCGAAUAUUUCGCGCAAGAUGACUUUCGAAUUAGAAAACCUGACAUAAAAAUCAAGCUCAGAGGCACGCCUACGGAAUUAACGGAAAUAACAGGAGAUAUUUCAGUUGAAAACCCACUGCCCUUGUAUCUUAAGAAAGGUGUUUUUACCAUACACGCGCCCGGAAUUGAAGAUAAACUGAAAGUAUACGCGAAGGAUAGUGUACCACCCGGUGGUAGCGCAAAAGCGGAAUUUAAAUUUACUCCUUCUCGUACAGGAAGAUUCACCAUCGCGGCAAAAUUUGUAUGUAAACAAAUGGAUGAUGUCGAUGGGUAUUUGGUCAUUAUGGUGCAACCGAAAAAAGAUAGUGAUAAUAACGAAACUUCUAAUUCAUUAUCUUAGAUAAUGAGGUCUUGAAGUUUGUUCGAUAAUUCAGAUGAAAUACGCUUCUAUCUUUUAUUAAAAACUAAAUAAAGAUCAAGUAAGUAGAAACUCAUCGUUUCAAUAAUUGUACGAGAAUAAGGCAGCAUGUAUUAAAUAUUAAAUAGGAAACUGAAGAAAAUUUUAUACUGCCAUUGUAUUAAUUACUUUUAUUGGUAAUUGGAAAAUUGCAAUGUGUUCAGUUAUUUUUAAAUGAACAAAUGCAAUUAACAAUAUUUCCAGUAAUCUGUCCAAUAACUUAAGCUUUAAAUUUUUUUAAUAUAGUAUUUCAU